CAAGCAGGAAUUAAGAAAUCUAUUAUCAAAAGCUGCAAGCAAGACGCAUGUAAAACGAUAUCAUUUACAGCAAAGUAUUCCAGUAUUCCUCCCGUCAUUACCAGACGGUAUAUCAAGAGAUAUCUCACUUAGCAGGAGAUAUAAACCAAGAAAUUACAAUUCGAAACCUCUCAAGAAGAUACAACGAAGAACUGACAAGCUUCAGCACAAUGUUCCUUUAUUUCUUCCAUCCACGCAGGAUGGUAUCUCAAAGGAAAUCACACUCCGAGGUCCUAAUAUGGGUUUACCAUCGCCGGCUUUUCAAACGGAUAGCAAAACUCACCCCCCUGGGACUUGUCAACACCGGACAAUUUUACGGAAUGUGCGUCUGAAACACGGGAGGAAGUUGGCGACGUUUGAAUUACGUGGUCGUGUUGGAACUAUGGGUAAAUGUUUGGAAAAAUGUUGCAGAAGACGUUGGUGUGAUCUAGCAUUCAAAGUUGGCGGGUAUUGUUAUUCCGUUCAUUGCCCCACUGACGAGGCUUGUGAGCCUGCGAGCGCUCAGGAUUCCGGGACACCUUCGGAUUACGUGUUGUUAGAAAGGCCACGGGAUUUGAACUAUAAAAGAAAUUUAAUCCCAGGCGUAGUAGGACAAGGGGAAAAGAUUCUAACAGUUCAACUCAACAUCACCAAUGAAAAAUGGAGAGCACCUUUGGCCGACCCCGAAUCACUGGAAUUUUUGAACGUCGCUGAACGUGUUGAAAAUGCUGUGUCGAUUCUUCUCAAAACUGUUGUCGGUUUCAAAAGUUGCGAGGUCGCCAGUUUUCGUCCAAGUCCUCUGAUAGCAAACGUGACGCUGAAAAUAUUAAAUUCGAGCCACGCCAACGAGACAGGUUCUUUCUUGUUGAAAGCUGUCGUGGCAGGGAAGAUGGAUUCCACCCUGGAAGACGCCAGCGAGCAUUUUAAACUAUCUCAGGAUGGUUUUGAAUUAAAGUCAUCGCAAGGAAAAAGCUUGGUUUGUCAUUCUGAAAUUAAUUAUCAAGUUAUUUGGAGUUUGAAGAUAUAUGGUGAAUCUGAUAUCCAGCCUUGUCCACGGGGGGCCCAGGGCGAAUGUUCACGGCUUUGUUUGGGAAGUGAGGCUGAGACAGCGUCAUGGGAUGUGCCAAAUUUCAGUGGCUGUACUUCGCUCGAGUUUAGGAACUUGCAUGAGAAGGCAAAGCAGCUCAAGAGCGAGGCACAAGCUAAGCUACCUUUGGAUCAGAUCGAAACUAAGCUCGGCAUCAAACAUACUGAAGUUCUUAAAAAGCUUCAGAAACUGACAUAUCAUCACACGUUCCGUGAACAAAUUAUGAAGCAAGAAGAUACAAACAAGACGAACAAGACUAGCCACCAAACAUUUCGAGAUUCACACAAGAUUAAUAAACUCUAUAAUACUACAACGACGAAAACAAACCAGCAAAGAGAACCGUUCAAACCUCAACCGAGACCUCAAGGACUGUUAUCUUUGACCAAUCAACUGUUAAAUAUCAAGAAGCAGCCAGGAGAGAAAGUUGGAAUGGACAAGAAAGGAAGGAAGAUGCAAAAUGAAAUUAAUCGCACUUUGUCGAUUGUGGAUAAAAUCGGCCUCUUGCAACCCAAUGCCUCUCUUCAUGGUUCUGAACCAGCCCGACCCGGCAGUUAUCAUAUCUUAAACCACACUGAUCCUGGUCCAGUUCACCACACUUCUGACACGAACAACGCUUCAUCCCUGGUACCGCACGAACCAAGCUCAGUACAGCACGAAUCUGGCCCAGCACAGCACGAACUUAGCCCAGCACAGCACGAACCUGGGCCAGUACAGCACAGACCUGGUCCAACCCAACACGGACCUGGUCCAGUACAGCAGACACCUAGUCCACUAAAGCACGAACCUGGUCCAGUGCAGCACGAACCUGGGCCAGUACAGCACGGACCUGGUCCAACCCAACACGGACCUGGUCCAGUACAGCAGACACCUAGUCCACUAAAGCACGAACCUGGUCCAGUGCAGCACGAACCUGGUCAAACACAACACGAGACUCGCCCACCUCCGCACGCAAUUCCUCCACGUUCGAACAAAACUCGCUUACCAAUCAUUGAUCCUAUUGAACGUCAACGCGAUCCUCAGCCAAUCGUAGAGAAAGGUCAAAACCGAAACGAUGUCUCUGUGUCCGUGAGCGUGUCUGGUGAGUUCGGCGAACCAGCUGAAAAUGAAACCGAUCUUUCUGGCGUGUUCUUAAAAAGCGGAACGGACAAUAUACGAAGUCGUAUACCUGCCUCGAGGGGUUUUAAAACUCAGAGUAGUCAUUCACUUGUGCAGGGACCCACUUCCAUUAGCAAGAACAUUGCCCAGUGGGACAAUCUUCCGAGAUCAAUUCCUCGUGGUGUUAAUGAUCCCAUAGUGUCAAAACACCGGGGUUCCAAGACCGUAUCUAAUGCCUUGUUAAAGUGGCUGAAUGCAGGACUGAAGAAAUAUGAUACUCAUCCAAACUCUUUCAGGCGGAAAACAAGGCUUCGUUCUCCAUUGUCGAGCUCCCAUCCCACACAGGAGUAUAAUACACCUUUAAAAGCCCCAAAGAGAGUUGAGACGCCUCACCCACGAACGUCGCUGGAUAGCCAAAGUAAUCCAACUCAUGCAUUCUUCAAGCGCUCCUUUAUACUGAGGCCAGAGUCAGGGGAACGAGUGAGGGUAAGACGUCAAACUGAGGGAUGGAAUCAAGCUCAGAAUUACUACACUACAUCAGUUUAUGACAAUGAUCCUAGACAAGAUAAUCCUUCAAACAGAUAUUCCUCUCAUACGGAUCCUUCAGACGGAGACCAAACGAAAAAUAAAAUUAGAUAUCCUUCAGCAAGUAUUGAGGAAAAGCCUUCUGAUGGUGAUGCACAGAAGAGAGGAGCAAAUGCAAUGAAAGGCAGCGUUUCACCUGUGAUCAAUAAAAAUGCGUAUUUCACAGGAAUUAAUGUAAACUCCCAGCCAGAGGAAAUGAAGAGUAGCGAAACUAAUCCAAUGCCUGGUCAUUCUUCAUCAUCACUUGCAGCAGGAUCGUCACUUGAUCGUCCAGAUGUUCCUGCCCCAUCGUCUUCAUCAAAGUCAUCAAGGGAGUCAAAUCCUUCACCCGCAUCCCCACGUUUAUCAUCUUAUGAAGAUAACCCUCCCCCUCGUCCACUUUCACCUCUGCCAUCAUUACAGCCGCAUAAUUCUCAAACCCCAAAACCUCCUGUCACUCCUCCAUUUCCAUCCUUUGACAAUCCCCCACAUCGUCCUUUAUCCCCACCUUCUACCUUACCGAGGCCACCCUCUGUGUAUUCAUCGUUUAGAAACCCUCCUAGUAGUUCACCAAUCUCGUCACCUCCACCAUCCUCUGAUACUCACACCUCCUCUCCGUUACAAUCCAACCCUGCCCCCGCAUCCCCUUCACAUUCGCCAGAACCUCCAAGCUCUCCUGCCACAACCCCUCCUGCAUCACCUCCGUCAUAUUACCCUGCAUCCCCCUCUCAUCCUCGCCCACCGUAUCCUGCGCCUUAUCCUGCACCACCUCCACCCUAUCCUGCACCUUAUCCUGCACCACCUCCACUCUAUCCUGCACCUUAUCCUGCACCACCUCCACCCUAUCCUGCACCUUAUCCUGCACCACCUCCACCCUAUCCUGCACCACCCCGACCCAAUCCUGCACCACCUCCACCUUAUCCUUCACCACCCCCAGCUUAUCCUUCACCUUAUCCUGCACCCCGACCUUAUUCUCCACCCCCACCUCCUCCAACACCGUCUCCCCCUCCCUCGCCAUACAACCCCACAACCUCACCCAAUGAUGUCCAGCCGCAAAACAAUUCAUCUCCUUAUAUAACAGAGUCGAACCCUAAAUCAACGUAUGAUUCAUAUUUCUCGUCUUCCUCGCAAGGAAACAAUUCAGCUGAUAACUCACCUAGUUCUACCUACCAAACACCCACCUACCAAAAUGAUAACCCACAAAACAACUCAUCACCUUACCCAACAGCGUCGAGCCCCAACCCAACCUAUGGCACCGCACCUAAUACAUACCCUCAACCGCCAGCUUACUAUACUUCAGCACCCUCUUCCCAAGGUGGCAACUCGCCAUACAAUUUAUCUUCCACUCUCGCCGCUCUGAACUCCAACCCAACCGAUGAUUCACACCUAAAUACAACGAACACAGCUAGCAACGAAUACUCCAGUGACAAAAAUGACUCCAGUUAUUCAACUGGUAAUGAUUAUAGCAUAAAAAACGUCGACGAUUCACUGAACAACGUCUCGUUGAACUAUUCAGAUCAUAAGCUAAUAUCGGACUAUAAUAUGACCACGCAACCUUUGGACACCAACGUAACCGGCACAAAUCAAGAUUAUAACAAUAUUUACAGCAAGGACUACAACUUGACUUUUCAAAAUAUAGCGGAUAAUUUACCAACGGAUUCACCUACAUCAACCAGCACUGCUUCCACAAAAGCCAGCGAUAUCUCGUCACAAAACUAUUUAUAUAACGACCUUGGUAACUCCCAGGUAGUCGUCGGUUUCACAAACCAAAGUUCGCUACAACCGAACCUUAAUCGCAGCACGAGUGACGUACAAGAGUUGGGCUCAAUUGUCUAUGGCGGCCAGAAACCACGACUGACAAUCAAAGACAUGGAAAAGAGAAUUCAGGAAUUCUCUAGCGGUUACAACGAUAAACAAGCGACCGGAAAUAAGAAAACUUUAGUAGAAACGGAUGGAGAACGUGAUGAUAUAAAGGUUAAAGGGAAACAUCUUGCUCCCAUGUUUGGUGGUGACCUGUUGCUUGCCGCUGACACUGUUACACAUUUAGCAAAGUUUAAUGACUUCAUAAGACCACCAAUGAAAGUAGAAGAUGUGAAGGAUUUUCUGAAGUCUUGUAGUAAUAUUUUGGAUUUGAUGAAUUCACGAGAGUGGAAGAACGCGCAAAGGCAUGUGACGAAAUUGAGAAAAUUUGGAGUGAAUAUCAUGAAUGAUGGCAACGCCGUGGACUGGGAACAAGCCUCAAGAAGAGAUCUUGCAGGAAAAACCAGCAGUUCUUCAACACUGUAUGAAAUGGUGGAGGCAAUUGAAGGGUUUGGCUUAUCUGCGUCUUAUCAGGUGAAGAAACCCACAAAGGGACCAAUCUUUACUAAGAAUAUCUUGAUGGAGUUCAAAACAGUUCAAUCAGACAUUCAAGAACCAUCACCAGACAUUGUGUUUCCAAACCUCUCUGAUCCUCGUGUCCGCAAGUGGUCAAAGCAAGCUAACGUUAUAACACUCUCGCCAGCAGCGAUGGAUGAAGUCGCUCAAGGCACCAAUGUCGAGGCUCACGUUUCUGGCGUUCUUUUCAAAACUGUUGGAAAUCUGAGUAUCCCAGUCGUAGAAGGUCAAGGAAAUGAGACGGUCGAAAGUGGAAACUUAAUGUCAUUGUCAGUAUUUCCAAGAAUCACCGGCGAUCUGGAUCCUCCAAUACGAAUUGCUCUUGCUCAUUUGAGUCCUGCGAUGAGUAACUUCAAGCAGGACUGUGUAUUUUUAAAUGCCAGUGCGAGCGACGGUGAAAUGUGGUCAAACCAAGGAUGCAAAGUCGCUGGUGUGAAUGAAACUCACACCAUAUGUGAAUGCAACCACAUGAGUAGCUUCAGUUUGUUGGUUGAUAAAAGUCAACCUAACGAUUUCAUUAUGAAGGCGGCGCCCAUACCUCCUAAAGGGGGUGGUGGUGGCAGUGGUGGAGGAGGAACCUCAUCCAGUGGAUUCAUUUACAUUAUUUUGUUGUUUUUACUUAUUGUGGCUUUAAUAAUCAUCAUCAUAUUUGCAGUAUGGAGAAAACGAAAAGGAAAAAGCAGCGAUGAAAAAGAAUCCGACCAGGCUAAAUCAGAUAAAGGUGGUGACGAAAGCAAAGCCGGUGCUUCUGGAACUGCCACCGAGGAUGCUGCUGCUCAAUCCGGUCGAUCAACUUCAUCUGGCGAUAAGAAAAAACGGAAAAAAGGCGAGCGACGGAAGGAAGGUCGAAAGAAAAGAAAACCGCAGACACUGGACAAAGAUGCUAUUGAAGAGGAAAAUCAGCAAAAAGAUGAACAUAAAACCGCAGACAGACGAGCUUCAAGGAGACAACAACAACAGCGAGAGCGCGAGGAAUCGCUUCUAAUGAAAGAAAAGGCAAUGAUCUUUUCAGAUUAUCGUCAACCUUACAACUUCCUCGCACACGAAGAGGCGGCCCCUGACCCAGUGGAUACCUCUACCCCUCUCCCCGCAACAUCAAAAGCUGACUCUUAUCCACGCCGUCAUAAGAGACCCACCUCAUUUCACGAUCGUGAAAUGGGUCAACCUGGGUUUAAUUUAAGGAAACACAACUCUGAGAACGCUUUCCCACUGCAAGCCUUACAAAGAAAGUGGGGGGUGGAUUCCCCGAGGGAUAGGAGAGGUAACCCCCAAAGAACGGGGAGUGUACUUCAAGGGCCUAUACAAGAGGAGCCCCUGGAGGAACAAAGACUCGCGGAAGAUACUGGUAGUGGCCCCGGAAUUCCGGGAGGUACAGAAUCUCCGAGGGGAGCAAGUACUCCUAGAACCUCGGAGAUUGCUAGUGUUACUGCAGCCAAAUCUAAGUCUAAAAAGAAAUUUUGGAAACGAAAAAGCAAAGAGAAACUUGAUUCAAAAAGUGUUCAAGAGGGAGAGGCGGUGACUCCUGAAUCGCCUGAGAAAAAGAAAAGGUUAUUUGGAAGAAAAGAUCGGAGUGGCAGUAGAACUUCAUUGAACGCCUCACAGGAGGAUAUUGCCUCAGGUAGCGGACAGCAGGGCGAAUCAGAAAUAGUCAAAUCAAAACCUCCGAUAAGUCCUUCAAAAAAAAAGAUUUGGCAACGUAAGACAUCGAACAGUCAGGCAUCUUUGGGUGCUACUAGUCCAAGGCCUGACGAAUCAGGUGGAACAUCCGAUGAAGGCCUGGGCGCUGAUGAUACAGGCUCACCCGGCAAGAGUAAGCGAGGUUCAAUAUUAAGACGAUUGAGUAAAAGCGGUAGUAGGACUUCUUUAAGUAAAAGUGGAAGCAAAUCUUCCUUAAGUCGAUCUGAAGAAAGCAUUGACCAGGAACAUGAAGGUUCUCCAAAGAAAAGAAGAUCUUCUUUGUUAGGUAAAUUAAGUCGCAGUGGCAGUAGGAGUUCUUUAAGUAAAUCGCAGAGCAGUGUUGAAGACUUGACUAACGAGGAACCUGGAAGAUCUCCCAAACGUAAAUCAUCGUUGUUGAGAAGACUCAGUAAAAGUAGAAGUUCAAUAAGUAAGUCUGAAGAUAGUCUCGAAGGUGAGCCGAGUUUACACGAGGAUGGCUCGAAGGCAACUCGAAGUGUCGACGAAGGCGGGCCGUCGCAAGCAUCGCGGAAACCGUCUUCUGUUGUGGGUAAAAGCAGUAAAACUGGUAGCCGUAGGUCGUCCAAAACUCAAGAGGCUGAACUCCAGCAGGGGGGGAUAAUCGAUAAAGACAAUACUCAGGGUGAGGAGACAACCCCCCGUAAGAAGAAAGGGUUGUUUGGAAAGAAAUAGUGAAAAACGUCUUAUAAAUAAAUAGAUAAAUGAACACGUCAGUUAGAUGUUUAAAAGUAUUUAGGUAAUACUAAAAUAGAUUUUCUAUA